CGGAGCCGCUGCCGCUGAUGGAGCUGUGCCGGCGCGUGAUCCGGCAGCGCGUGGGGCGCGCGCGCCUCCGCAGUGCAGCGUCGCGCCUGGCGCUGCCGCCCGCGCUGUCCGCCUACCUGCUGUACCGGGCGCCCUAG